CUAUAUGUAAUCGUUCAACGUGCCGCAUAUCCCUCAGCAAGCGAACUUAUUUAACUAAAUAUAAGAUCACCGCUUGUACACGCCGCGAGUUUUUGACUCAAUAAUUGACCAUCAGAUAUGAAUUGACAAGCCGUAUUGACAGAACUUUUGCCAAACGUGUAUCUUCGAUCCGUCUCGAUCUACGAUCGCGUUACGAGUGCAAUAGGCAGGAAUGGAGUUCGGAGUAGGUAAUGUUGCCCAAAUAUCAGCAGAACUUGCUCAAGUAGUGGAGGUGAUGAUGUCACCAAAUGUUCCACAACAGCAACGUUUGGAAGUAUAUAAUGCUUGUGAACGAUUUAAGGAAUCUUCUCCUUUAUGUGCACAAUGUGGAUUAUAUCUAGCUCAGAGAGCUCCAAAUAGAAGUUCAGUGGUUAGGCAUUUCGGAUUACAACUUAUGGAACAUUACAUUAAAUAUAGAUGGACGCAAAUAUCUCAAUCAGAAAAAAUAUUUAUAAAGGAGAAUGCAAUGAAAUUACUUCAAGAAGGUACAGAACCAUUAUUACAAGAGGAAGCUCAUAUUAAAGAUGCACUAUCUCGUGUUGUGGUAGAAAUGAUAAAGAGGGAAUGGCCACAACAAUGGCCUACAUUGCUUGCUGAACUUAGUCAAGCUUGUACAAGGGGUGAAAGUCAAACUGAAUUAGUUCUUCUGGUGUUUUUGAGACUCGUAGAGGAUGUUGCACUUCUACAAACAUUAGAAUCUAAUCAAAGAAGAAAGGAUAUAUACCAAGCACUUAACACAAAUAUGGCUGAAAUUUUUAGCUUUUUUUUAAGAUUAAUGGAACAACAUUUUUCAGAAUUUCAAAAAACGAAUAGUUUAGGUUGUACUUCUGAAGCUGCAGCACAUAGUAAAGUUGUACAGGUAGUACUGUCUACGUUGACUGGUUUUGUAGAAUGGAUUUCAAUUACUCAUGUUAUGGCAGAAGAUGGUAGAUUAUUACAAAUAUUAUGUCUCUUAUUGGGAGAUCCAAUAUUUCAAUGCUCGGCAGCUGAAUGUUUAUUACAAAUUGUAAACCGUAAAGGGAAAGCCGAAGACAGAAAACAAUUAAUGAUUUUAUUCUCUGAAGAUGCUUUGAGAUAUAUUUAUACAGCAGCAACUGCAGCAUCACCUGUCACUGAAACAAAUGAAUUUCAUGAAAACCAUUUUUUAUUCUUGAAAAAGCUGACACAAGUGCUAACUGGAAUGGCAACUCAACUUUGUACACUUUGGGGUAAAGAUGAUAGUUCCAGCAUUCGGCCAACACAUUUUAACAUAUUUUUAGAUACUGUGUUGACAUUUACCAUGUAUUCAAGUUUGACAUUAACGCAUAUGGCAAAUGUAAUUUGGAUAAUGCUGUUUAAACAUGAACAGAUAAAACAAGAUCAGUUAUUGUUAACUUACAUACCAAAAUAUAUAGAAAAUACAGCUCCAAAACUAAUAAAAGUAGCAUAUCCACAAGGUAGACAAGCUAAUGGAAUGAGCGCAUAUUGUCUUGAGGAUUAUGAUUCAGUGGAAGAGUUCAAUGUCUUUCUUCAUCGAUUCAGAACUGAUUUAUUGGAAGGAUUUCGACAAGCCACGAUGGUAGCGCCUCUGGUAACAUUUACGUACGUACAACAGUGGUUAACAGCCAAAAUAACAAAGGGAAUGGCGGAUCUUCGAUGUCAAAGUGACCAAAAUGAUCCACAAUACCUUGAAUGGGAAGCUCUUGCACAAGCCUUGGAUUCUGUUGUAUCCAGAAUUCUUUUAAUCAACGAACGACCAAGUGUACAAACUGGUCUUCAAUUGUUGGAAUUAUGCCUUGGUUAUUCUCCACAAGAUCCUUGGUUACUAUCUGCAUUACUUUCCUGCAUCAGUGCUCUCUUCGUGUUCUUAUCUAUGUCAACUGGUUCAAUGGCUAUGCCAGGAGUUGCUAUCCUACCCAGAGUCCUAGAGAAGAUCUUUGCUGCUCUGAUAUUUGAAGCACCUGGUGAAACAAAAGGUACUCGAUCUAGAGCAGCAAAGAAUGUAAGACGACAUGCGGCGAGUCUCAUGGUUAAAAUUAGUCUGAAAUAUCCAUUAUUACUCCUCCCAGUUUUUGAACAAAUACAUACGAUGGUUCGGGGUUUAGCAAGAGUACCUAGUCCUUUAUCUAAGAUUGAAACUAUCUUGCUUUAUGAAGCAUUGUUGUUGAUAUCGAAUCAUUUCUGUGAUUACGAAAGACAGACUAGAUUCGUUGCAGAAGUAAUUGGUGAUGCAUCAGCGAAGUUUAUCGCGCUCGGAUCUGAACCGUUUAAAGGACCACUUGAAUUAAUGAGAUUCAUAGGUUUAGACAGACCACCGAUUGAGAAUAUUGCGGAAGACCCGGCAGGACAGAAUCGAAGCGAUUUAAUGAUAUGUAUUUGUACAAUACUGUGUGUUGUAAAAAGGUGCUCCAUCCCCGAUGAUCCAGAUCGCGCUGCAAGAGGCAGUUUUGUAGCCGCGCUCAGCGAAAGUGGGAAUCCGGUAUAUAGAAAUCCUGCUACACCACAUGUAAUUCCUGUACUGCCAACACUUUUUGCAUUGCUCAGAACAAUGAAUGCUCUAUUCAUACCUACUGCUUUAGCAGCUUUAUCAGAGGGAUAUAAAAAUGCUCAUGAAUUAUUAGAAGCAGAAAAAGCAAACCUGUUAGGUUUAAAUGUAACAAAUGAUAACGAACGAGCUUCUGAACCUGAUCAGUCUUCAUUUACGGCUUCAGUUCGAAUGCAAUCGUUUCUUACUACUAUUCACGAUUCGUGCUAUCAUAUGUUAGGAAGUGGAUGUCACAUGAUUGGAAGAGAUUUCUAUCAAUUACCUGGUUUAGCACCAGCUCUCAUCAAUUCAGUUUUUUCUAAUAUGGAGAUGAUUCCAGAUUAUAGAUUGCGACCAAUUAUACGCGUCUUCAUGAAACCGUUCGUAUAUUCCUGUCCACCUGCAUUUUACGAAAGCGUUCUUGUACCCGUAUUGGCUCAUGUUUCUACGCAUAUGUGCCAAAGGUUAAGCGCAAAAUGGCAGUACAUCGCACACCUCUACGAAUCUGGUGGUUUGGACGAAGAAAAUACAGAUACACAAGAAGUUAUUACUGAUAUGCUAAAUCGAAAUUUGACGAGAGAUUUUGUAGACGUGUUGAAAGUAGCUCUUGUUGGUGGUGCUGCGUGUGAUGCAACACCUCCUGACACAAUGGAACAAGAUAGCAGUGGCAUGGCUAUAGAUCCUCCUUUGUCACGUGGAAAUGGUAUAGUUGCCGAAGUUGUUAGUGAAUUGGGAGCUGUUGUUCUUCGUCAUCCAUCUACGUGCCACAGUGUUGUCCUAUGCGUUUUAGGGGCUUUAGCUUGGAACGAUUCAAAUGCUAGUCUAAAGGCUACAAUGUUAACUGCACCAGUUGUACGAGCAUUGGCAGGUGAUGGCAGUUUAACGCCUGCUAUGGCUGCUCAUAUUAUGGUAGCUAUUCUUCAAGGUUUACAACUUCACGGACAACACGAAGCAAAUCAAGGUUCUCUUAUUACUUUGGGUGCACAAGUCUACGAAUGUUUACGACCUAAAUUCCCCACUAUUAUCGAAGUAAUGCAGCAAAUUCCGGGUGUUAAUCCUACGGAUUUGCAACGUUUCGACGAAAAGAUGGCUGUAGUUAGUACUAAAGGAAAUAAAGUUGAGAAAGGAAAGAAAGAUCUUUUCAAGAAAAUUACAAAUCAGCUUAUUGGUCGAAGUGUUGGUCAAUUGUUUCGUAAGGAAGUUAAGAUAGACAAUUUACCACGUAUAGAAAUUUUUGGAAAGCAACAAGCGGUACGCGUAGAUGAGGUAUCUGAGAAUUCGACUGAUAGCGGGUUUGCGGCUCUAUUUGCAGGAACUACGUAGCAGAAACUCCAUUUAGAUGGCCAUACUGCAUGCAUAUGGUCUGAAUUAAUAAGUAGUAAUAAACUAUCGUGAAAACGAUUUCCUACAAAAAAAAGAUUGAACUAUAUACAUGAAGGAAUCCUAUAACUAAAAUAAGGGGACUUCAUAGAAUAAGUUCGUUUUAACUAGAUAUUUGCUUUUAAAUUAUUCAUAAAGUUGGACGCGCGCAACACAGUCUUGCGAUGGAAGUGUUACACUUAACAACUUUACUUAUGUACUGAAUAAUGAAUAAAAUGAAAAGAAAAUACGCUUACGUGCGCGUUCAAUGUCGAUUGUGAAUAGUUUGUAAAAAGAAGAGAAAAAAGAAAGUAAAAAAGACAGCAAUCGAUUUUAUUUACGAAGUCUUCUUAUUUUUAACUCGGGACUACAAUAUACACAGAAAACUUUGUGUUUCUCGAAUAUCUAGGGUGUGCGCGCGUGCGUGCAUGUGUGUAUGUAUGUAUUGUAUGCGUGAUGCGUGUCCAUACGCACGUGUAAUAUAAGAAGAUAUUUGUUGUUAAAGAAGAACAUUCAGCACUUAUGAUAAGACAAAUUGCAAACAAAUCUAAAUAGAUUAUCGAAUAAUUGUAUAUUAAGUCUUACGCAUUUAUUACUAUUUCUUUGGAUUUACAAAUUUUUUGUAAUAAUGUAAAACAGGAUGGUUUUCCACAAUCACGCAAUGUAAUACAGUUUUGUAAACAAUAUUUUGCUAAUGUAUAAUACAAAGGUUGUUGAUUUAUAUAAAACAAUUUUACGAUUUGGUACAAAAAUUUGUAUUCGAAUUGAUUAUAAUUGUUUUUAAUCAGGAGCAAAAUGUGUAUGUUUCUCAGCACAUUUUAAAAGUGCUGUUUCAUAUGGAUUUAGUUGUAAAAAUUUUAUUUGGGCAUUUUAAAAGCAUACAUAAAGUAAGCUUCAUUUGAGAUGAUAUUUAAUAACAGAAUGAUCUUUUGUUCGGCUCAUGUUACCAGCGUUAAAUGCGACUUUUAUUUAUCCUUUGAAAUUGAAAAUAAUGCAGCAUUUCAGAUACUUAUAUGUAAAUUGAAUGUAAUAUUUCCAGAUUUCGUUGUUACUUUUUAAUUAUUUUAGUUAAUUUUAUUUUAUUAUUGUGAAUAAUGCAGCAUUGUAGCUAUCACAUAAAAAUGGAUUAGUACCUUA